ACGUGACGUAUCUUACUUCAAUUUAGUCCUUGAUGUUGAUGUUAUGUCUGUGGGGGGUAAAGUGUAUGUUUAAAAAAAAAUAAUUUUUAAUUAAAUAAAGACACAUACAGUAUCUUAUGCCGAGAUGUCGAAGCAGAAGAAAGUACUCAUGGUUUGUUUAGGCAACAUUUGUCGUUCGCCAAUAGCAGAGGCUGUAUUUCAAAAUGAAGUGAAAAAGAGAGGUUUGCAGGAUCAGUGGAUAGUAGAAAGUGCUGGCAUUAUAGGAUAUCAUGCAGGUAAAAAACCAGACCACAGGGCACGAGAUACGUUAAAGAAAAAUGGGAUCACUGAUUAUUCCCACAGAGCACGCCAAAUUGUGGAAACAGAUUUCAAUGAAUUUGAUUGGAUAUUUGGUAUGGAUCAUGAGAACAUUAAUGAUUUGAACACUCAGAAGCCAGAGAAUUGCCAAGCAAAAGUGGAGCUUUUAGGAAGUUAUGAUCCAAGUGGAAAAAUCAUAAUACGUGAUCCAUAUUAUGACAGCAAUAGUGUAGGAUUUCAGAAAGUCUACGAUCAAUGUUUAGCAAGUGUAACAGCAUUUUUGAAUAAAUAUUCAAGUUAAUGUAAGGACUGCUUCAUGUAUCAAUUUACCUGGAUUUUUAAAAGAAUAUGUUUUAUAAAAAUAUAUAUGAAAUUAUAUAAUAUUGAA